UCAUCUGAAGUUGCCUCCCUCAACUAGAGCUUCUGGUAGUCUAGAUGGCCUUGUGCUUUCAUUCAGCGACCACGAAGCAGCUAAGAAACAACGGCUAUCGUUUCAUCCGUAUCCAGGCUUCAGAGUCCAAGAUAAUAUGCCUCUGCGCCAUCAACUUCGCCGGAUCCCUUUCUAUCCUUUGGUUGUCGUCGCAUUACUCACUCUCGCCAUUACGUCCUACAACUUUCAGAGUUCUGACUUCAGUUCGAUUGCGCAUUGCCCGAGACGUUGGGAUGAAAUUAGCAAAUCUGCUAAUCCCAUCAAGUCCAUUUCUUUCCUCUGCAAUUGUAGAAAAGAGAUAGCCACGACGGCUGAUAAUCUUCACACAGAUCCGGAUGUGUUCGACUGGUGCAGCCGCGAAUCGACCGUCCGCGGACCGAACCAGAAAGUCAUUUCCUACACGCUGUACGGGGAUGCCAAAAACGCUUCCAUCUUUAAUCGCUACUAUUCGCUGUUGAGAAACAUAUCGUUGACGGCGCAAAGGGAUUACCCUGGUUGGAUAAUCCGCAUUUAUCACGAUAUUCCGGAUGGGAGAGGACCAGCGAAAGAAGCGCACGAUCAGCUGUGCCAAGUUUAUUGCCAAUUUGACCAUGUCGAUUUGUGCAGCGUUCCGUUAUUAAUCGAACGCAUUGGUAAUAAUACGACACCCGUGGAUCCAGCUUCUCUUCAAAGACUCAAUCCGCGAAUGUUCCGCUAUUUGGUCAUGUUGGAUCCGAAUGCGGACGUCUUUAUUUCGAGGGAUGUCGACAGUCUCAUUUGGCGGAGGGAAGUUGAUGCUGUGGAAGAAUGGCUUCGAUCCAAUUACACGUUCCACGUCAUGAGAGAUCACACGAACCAUCAGUCAGCCAUUUUAGCAGGGAUGUGGGGAGCCAAAAUAUGGCAGCGCAGAGAUCUAAUCCAAGGACUAAUGCGAGCGCUCAUCGUCUCAGGCCAGCAACAAAUCAAAUUUCAGGACCAAUUAUCGCUUGCCGAUAUCGUUUGGCCAAUUGCUAAAUAUGAUGUGGUAACAAUGCUAUGCAUUCCUUUUAGCAAACAUUGGUUGGAUGUUAAUUUUUGGGGAAUGCAACAGAUGGCCCAUGACACUUACGGAUGCCAAAAUGAGCAACUCGUCCGGUUGUCGUCGUUAAAAGUUCGCCCGUUUCCCACCAGACGCGAUGGCAGGUAUUAUGUAGGAGGAGCUGGACAUGAUUUGUAUCCAGAUAAGUGCCCGGAAGUGUGCAGACCACCAGAUCACAAGGAUUGGGAGUAUUGCUAGUUCAAUGCCAAGUCAACUUGGAUGUUAAUAGAGACUCACAUGUAUUGCGUGUUGGCAUAUAACUCGUUGUACAUUCUAUUUGUUGUUAGCGUUGCAAACUAUGCGGUUGUGGUUCAAGUUCAAAAUGCCAAUUCGGGGGCUCUAUGAAAAUUGAAUUUUUCUGAAUAGAAAAAUCUUCUCUGAAAAAACAAAACAAUGCGGUUAAAUCGUAGCUUUCAGUCGUUGAUCAUAUUUAUAAGCUUAUCGGAACCGGAACUCGAAGGUAUUUCGAAUAUGUCAAAUGUUUGGUGAUCGGACUGAAACGAGGGAUGAUUUCCUGAAGCAUGGCUUAUAAGGACAUUAUCGCGAUCGAUCGCUGCUCUUUCAGAAUGCGACAAUCUGCCAAUCCGUUGUGUCUACCAAAAUAUUUGUUCGCAUGACUGCAGCUGCCGCUCGGGAGCAAUUCCGAAAAUAAAAUGCAGCCCACUAAUCCAUGUUAAAUCUUGUUGUUAACAGAUUGGGGGGGGGGGAUCUAUUCCAUUGUAAUCACCGCUUUACCAUGUCGAAGCGGUUUUCGAAUAUGUCAAAUGUUUAGUGAUCCAACUGAAAACCAGGGAUGAUUUCCUGAAGCAAGUUUCCUAAAGACAUAGUCGCGAUCGAUCGCUGCUCUUUCAGAAUGCGACAAUCUGCCAUUGGAUAGGCCAAACUAAGCCGAAAAGGCGUUUCGAAUGAAAGAGCUUCGUUUAUUUUUGAAACUGCCAAUUAGAGUACGUAUCAUUUCUUUACAAACGAACGUAUUGAUUUUCUAAUUGACUAACGUGAUACUCAUCAAAUUAACACUAAUCAUACUGUAUAUUUUUACAUACGUAGUUGUAUUUCAAACACCUUAAUGUAAACUAAACAAAGAGAAAUUGGACAGCUUCGUUAUAGUCGAUUGUUCUGUUGGUUCCAUGCGAAUCAGACACGAUGCACUGGGUCCUGUUGUGGUAGAAAUCAUCUGUUGCCACGUGAGAGUUGUUCAUGUGAUUGCCGGAAACGGUGAGCCAAGCAACAAACCGGCGGACGUCGCAUGCAUCGGGAACAAGAGAUUGCCUCAUCACGAAGACGCUACACGUUUCCAGUUACUCAUCAAAUCAGCAAUCGAGUAGAAUUAGCUUCACUCACUUGAACGAAUUGGAUGAAACGUGAAUUUUAAUGCCAGCUUUUUCCGUGCAGAUGCCACUGUAGUAGACAUCGUCAAAAGGCAUGAAGGGCGUCGUUUGAAAGGCCGCUAACAAUGGACGGACUGUGCUUCCGGGCAUUAUUAUGGCUGGACCGUAGUAAUACGGAGGAUACUGCUUCCACGGCCACUCCUCGUAAGAGAUAUUCCAUUUGCCAACUGAUGGGGAAAAGAAAACGAAACUGCGAGCAGCGUUCGAAAUGAACAAUUAUGAAUAAUGAAACCUCUGUUAGCAAUGAAGAAUCCAGCCGAUAAGCCAAACAUGCUGUGGUUGGAACGAUGAUAGGAUUGGACAAAAGUUGCUAGAUUACGUGCAUUGACGUAAACAUCGUCGUCCACUUUGAGGACAAAGUCAAUGGUGGCACAGUUUCUGUGCAACCAGUUCAACAGACCGGCAACUUUCAACGUUAAAUUUCUGUAGAAAUCAGACAUCUUUACCUGGAUGAUAUCCCCGAAAGUCUCACUCUCUUCUUUGAUUCUAUUUUGCGUCACAUCAUUGUCCGCCAAUCCCAAAAUGAAAGCAAAACCUCCAACGCCCAGCGAACCUUUUUCGUUUUCAGCUUGCAAAUGCUUUGCCCAUGUUUGCCGGAUAAUGUUUCGUUUUUCGAAAUUGCCAGGAGCUGAAUUAACAGAAAUGAAAACACUGCGGUUGAUGCGAACUUCUCGACACGGUGGAAUGGUAGUCGAAUAUUGGAACGACGUCACGUUGUUGAUAACUGGACCAAAGUCGGGCUCGAGCGGCUCCACGUUGGUUAAUGGCAACAAUCCCAAACGAGCCACUGCAUAUGUGGUGUAAUUUGCAACUCCAGGGUACGGCCCGUUACGUGAAACAAGAGAAACGAAAUCGAAAAGUUCUUUUUGUAUCCUUACAUUUGCUUCAAUACUUUUCUUCUCUUCCGCGAUUGUCUUUGCUAAACGAUCGGCUUGUUCUUUUUCUUGCUUCAAUUCUCCUUCUAACAAUACAAUUUUGGCAGUUAAA